UCGACCGAGCUGUCUGGGUUCCACCGCGGGGCAGAGUCUUUUGUUAGGGGGACUGGCCAAGGAGGCCUGCGGAAUUCCCGAUGGUGUCCAUGACUUUCAAACGGAGCCGCAGCGACCGGUUCUACAGCACCCGGUGCUGCGGUUGUUGCCAUGUCCGCACCAGGGCUAUCAUCCUGGGGACCUGGUACAUGGUGGUAAACCUGCUAAUGGCGAUUUUGCUGACUGUGGAGGUGACUCAUCCCAACUCCAUGCCAGCUGUCAACAUUCAGUAUGAAGUCAUCGGUAAUUACUACUCCUCUGAGCGAAUGGCUGAUAAUGCCUGUGUUCUUUUUGCCGUCUCAGUUCUUAUGUUUAUAAUCAGUUCAAUGCUGCUAUAUGGAGCAAUUUCUUAUCAAGUCGGGUGGCUCAUUCCAUUCUUUUGUUAUCGCCUCUUUGACUUUGUUCUCAGUUGCCUCGUUGCCAUCAGUUCUCUGACGUAUUUGCCAAGAAUCAAAGAAUACCUGGAUCAGCUCCCUGAUUUUCCCUACAAAGACGACCUCCUGGCCUUGGACUCCAGCUGCCUUCUGUUCAUUGUUCUGGCAUUCUUCGUGGUGUUCAUUAUUUUUAAGGCAUAUCUGAUCAACUGUGUUUGGAACUGCUAUAGAUAUAUCAACAACAGAAACGUGCCGGAGAUUGCUGUGUAUCCCGCCUUUGAAGCACCUCCACAGUAUGUUUUGCCAACCUAUGAAAUGGCUGUGAAGAUGCCUGAGAAAGAACCGCCGCCUCCUUACUUACCUGCCUGAGGAUGUUCUGCCUUUACCAAUAAACCCUAUACCAGCUUCUUGUCUCGAUUAUUUUAUAGAAUGCUGCAAUGCAGGCCUCUUCCAACAUGUUUGAUAUAAAAUACAUUGUCCUUUC